AUGAGUACAAAUAAGGCCCAAUCAACAAUUACAUCUAUAACAUUAUUAGCCACAGCCUUAAUACAUAUACAUGGUACUAAUGGUCUUAUAGAAAUAUGUCAUGUUCUAUUAGAUUCGGGUUCCCAGUCUCACUUCAUUUCAUCAGCGUUGGCUAAAUGUCUACAUUUGAAAUGCCCGUACCAGAAACAUAAUGUAACCGGAGGUGGUAUCUUUAACACUACAACAGCUGUGCGGAAGAUAACAUCUUUUGACAUCUCAUCUUGCAUUACAUCAAUACAGUACAAAUUAAAUGCUCUGGUAAUACUUAAAAUUACAAUAAACUUGCCUACAAAUAAGAUAGACAUCUCUGAAUGGAAACAAAAAAUCUACAAUAAGCUGACCCAGCAUUCUAUAAACCAGGUAAAAUUGAUUUGUUAAUUGGUGCUGAGUUGUUCUUUAGGCUGCUAAAGACUAGUUAGUCAUGUGAACACAAAAGUUGGCCUAUACUCUAGAAUACUGAAUUGGGAUGGAUUAUUGCUGGCGGUUAUGUACUACCACUUAAGGGAACCACUAUUGAAAACGUCACUUGUCACACUACAGAAGUUCUAUCCACUUUAGACACAGUCAUUCAAAACUUUUGGAACAUUGAAAAAGUACUUCAAGCUACUCACAUGAUAAAGAAAGAUUUAAUUUAUGAAGAUCAUUUCAUAAAAGCAUAUUAUAAAGAGAAAAGUGGUCGUUAUAUUGUACAUCUACCGUUCAAAAAGUCACCAUCUGCUGUGAACCACUCCUAUCAGGUAGCCGUAAGAAAAUUUAAAAAGGUUGAAUAA